AUGACAGACAACGUGACGCAGGAGAGCGGAGCGGCAUUGGGCCAUGCAGACGGGAGCCGGGCUGGAGAGGGAGGCGCAGCGGGCGAGGUGGGGCUGGCUAACACGGCUGGACUCGAGGGCGCCGACGAGGCUGAGGACGGGACGGUGGCGAUGGAGGUUGUGGGAGGAGCGGGCAAUGGGAGCACAAGUGGUGGGUCGGGCAAGGAUGAAGUCCGUGAGCGCAAUCUGGCGGCUGUGGAUACGCUUGUGGACGCGGACGACGAGGGCGCGUGGCAUGAGAACUGGGGCCAGCCGGUGCCCGGGCCGUACAACUUCAAGGAGCUCACCGAGAACAAGUUUGUCUCGCGGAAGAAGAAGUCGCGGCCCGCGUACGAUGAGGCUUUCCAGUGCGAGUGCGAUAAUGAGGUGCAGUGUGGGCCCGGGUGUGAGAACUUUGACAUGGCCAUCGAGUGCAUCGAGGGCUACUGCCACAUGCGCGACCUCUGCCGCAACCAGCGGCUGCAGCGGAAGCAGACGGCAGACGUUGAAGUCUUCCAGACCAAGCUCAAAGGACUCGGUCUCCGGGCGUGCUCGAAGGUCUCGCAAGGCGAUCUCAUCAUGGAGUACGUCGGCGACAUCAUCGACAAGCGCGAGUUCAACCGGAGAGUCAAGGCCUACGCUGACGAGAACAUCACUCAUUUCUAUUUCAUGUCCAUCGGCAACGAGGAGAUGAUCGAUGCUACCAAGGCCGGCAACAUCUCGCGGUUUAUCAACCAUUCGUGUGCUCCGAAUGCGCGGACCGAGAUGUGGACCGUGGCCAACGAGCACCGCGUCGGCCUCUACGCCGUCAACGACAUUUACCCUGGCGAGGAAAUCACCUUUGACUACCAGUUUGAACGGUACGGCGCCCAGGCACAGCAGUGCUUUUGUGGCGAGGUUGCGUGCCGCGGCACCAUUGGCGGCGAGCGCAAGGAGCUGGGUGCGUUUUUCUCGGCAAACGCUGCUUCGGCGUCCGACGACGACGACGACGACGUGGAGGCGAGCGGCGAGCGCAAGGCUUCCUCCCGAAAGUCGAGCUCCAAGGCUGAGAUCAAGCGCAUCAUGGACGAGCGCCAGCGGCGGCUCAUCUUUGACCUCUCCAACUCGGACUACACGCUCGAGCAGCGGCUUGCGGUCCUCUGCUCCAAGUCGGGUGGCCUGGGAUCGACCAAGUACGUGAAGGACUUCAAGAAGCUGCUCCUCCAGGUUGACUCGGCGCACAACAAGGCGCUGCUGGCCAACGUCAUGGCCAAGACGACGGCGAGUACGGUGCUCCGCGAGCUGGCCAAGGGCAACACCGUUUCGGCGCUUGUCCGCUGGCUGGCCUACACCGAUGGCAAGGACAAGUGGGCUGAGUUCCAGCUUGCCGUCCUUACCGCCCUCCGCAAGCUCCCACUCUCGCUCGACCAGAUGGCAAACAAGUCGCUCAACAGCCGACUGUCCAAGAUGGUCGAGUACCCCACGGCUGACGUUGCCUCGGCCGCCCAGUCGCUUCUCGACCACUUUUCCAAUGCCCAGUCGUCGCAGGUCUUUAUUCCACGCAAAAAGAUGCAGCCACCGCCGCUUGAGGCCGCAGCCGCUCCGACGGAUCCGAACGCGCUCCUCCCAGCGCCUAUGAUGGUCCUCCCGGAGCCGAUGGCGGUGGGCCCAGCGUCGGACGCGCCAGUGCGGAAGCCGGCUCAGGCGCGCCCGCCCAAGCGGCGGACGUCCGCUGCCGGCUCGGCUAUGUUCUCAUCACCGCCGCCGGAGGACAAGUCUGCUUCGUUCCGGGCCCCGCCGCCGCUGAACCCGCGGCCGCGUGACGGCGGGCGCGACUCGGGCCGCGACUACUCGCGUGACUCGGGCCGCGACUACUCGCGCGACUCGGGCCGCGACUACUCGCGCGACUAUGUCCGAGGUGGCGGUCGUGAGUACUCGCGCGAUGUGCAGGCGGCUCCGGCGUCGGCAGCCGUCCGAACUGGCUCUGCGGUCUCGAUGAGCGUCGAAGGCAUGGACCCGGCGACCAAGGAAACGUCCAAGCUCAUCCAAGACACGGCAUCGGAGCAGGCCAAGCGGCUGCUGCAGCAGUCAGAGGCCGAAGCGCGUCGCGAGACCAAGCGGCGGCGGGCCAAGGAGGCCGAAAUGCGCAAGGCGAAGAAGCGGAAGCUGCUCUCCAAGUCGGGAGUGACGAGAGACAUGAAGCCGUCGAGCAAGCUCGUUACGCUCCUCCGCGACGAGACACCGCUCGACCCGCUGCAGCCGCUGUUUAAGACCCGCGUCUCGGAGCUCAUCAAGGAGGCGCUCCGUCCGUUCCACAAAGCUGGGCGGUUUGCGUCCAAGGACGACUUUGCGCACCUCGCCCGUAAGUUCUCGCACCAGAUCCGCGAGAAGGAGGGCGACGCCCGCCGUAACAACGGCGCGUCGUACUCGGUCGUCACCGCCAAGCUCAAUCGCAUACUUUGA